CUUAUUCCAGCAUGCACCGCGCUCACGUAGGUGGUUGUGCCGCCGCUCUUCUCUCGCCAGGCCCUCUGGGAGCCGUAGACUUCGGGAGGCCCGAGAGAAGUUAAAAAGGAAACGAAUAUGGCCAGCGGUAGCAGACCUCCCACAGCUCGUUCUGCUUCAAGAGCAGGAAUAGGGCUGAACUCUUCAUCAAGGCCUGCCUCUUCAUCAAGGACUCCAUCAGCAGGCAGAAUAGGAACAGCGAUGCCUCCUAGUACAGCAAGACCUGGUUCUCGUAGUGGUUCUUUGACUCCUGGAGGAGUCUUAUCAUCUCAGAUUAAAGUUGCAGACCGUCCAGUGACUCAACAGGGAUUAAGUGGAAUAAAAACUGCAAUGAAAGGUCCUCAGAGACAGAUAAUGGAUAAAACAUACUACCUCGGCGUGCUGAGAAGUAAAACAAAUGAACUUGCAAUAGAAAUUAACAAGCUGCAGGAAGAAUUAGAAAUGUACAAGCAAGAGAAAUCUGUCUAUUUAUCCUAUGAAAAACGGGCAGAGGCUUUAGCUGGUGAAAUCAAAGAUUUUCAAGGUCAACUAGCUGACUACAACAUGGUUGUGGAUAUACUUAACACCAGUACAGAUAUGGCAGAAGUGAUCCGUGAUUACAAUAUGUUAAAGGUUCAGAAUGACCGAGACACUCAGAAUAUAGAUAAAAUUUUCACAGAAAGACAAGCCACAGAAAAGUUAAUUCAAGCUGUAGAAGAAGAUAUCGAGCAUGAAAAGGUUGUGGCAGAUGAUAUAAUGAAAGACAUGUCACAGGAAAAUCAAGCUAAAUAUCUGGAGAUAAAAGCUGCUAAUGAGAAACUCUCCCAGGAAUUGGUUGUUCAACAGCAGGAACUGGAUGCACUAAAUGUAAAGGAAGAGAGUCUAAGGGCUGAAAUAGGACAUUCUGGGGUGAAACAGGAAGCUGUGCAGUUGUAUGAAAAGCUUCAUGAGCUCAAGGAACGUCGAGAUCGAAUGAUUGCUGAGGAUAAGAACAUGGAAUCUCCACAGGAGGAAAGAGGGAGAUUACUAAAGCAGGUUAAAGAUGAUAGUCAAAAAAUUGCAAGCAUGGAAAGACAGUUGGCAGAAGUAAAAGAAAAAAUAGAUUAUUUUAAAAAGGUCAUUCAACAACUUGACACAGAUCUGGAGAACCAUCAAGGGGAAGAAAAUUGGAAAUACAAGGAGUUGAAGAAGAGGGAAGAAAGCAUGGACAAUUUUCUAGCGACUUUUGAAGAUGUGAAGAAUCAGGAAUCAGAACGAAAGGCCCAAAUAGAAGCCAGCAUUGUUGCACUACUGGAGCACUUGAGCAGGAAUCUGAAUCAUAUGAAACAAAUUUCAUCUGUUACCAAUCAAGAGCUGAAGAUUAUGCAGGAAGACCUCACUUUCAAAUCAAACGAAAUGCAGAAAUCACAGAGCACUGCUAAGAAUCUGAUUACAGAGAGUCAAAAACUGCAGCUGGACCUACAGAAGAUGGAACUGUUGGAGGGCAAGAUGGUUGGUGAACUAGCUUCUCUUAAAGACAAAAUUGAACAGACAAAAGCAGAGUUGGAGAUCUACAAUAAUUUGCCAGCUCUGAAAGCAUCAGGAGAAGAAAAGAAAAAGAAACUCGAGGAUGACAAAGAAAAAUUUAAAAAACGCAGUCGUGCUUUUAAGAAAAUAAUGGAGCAUUUGAAUACAGAGUAUGAGACACUAAAGAAGGAGCUGCAAGAAAAUGAGACCCAUUCUCAGCUUAAAAAUUUGGAGAGGAAGUGGCAGCACCAUGAGCAAAAUAACUUUAUGAUGAAGGAGUUCAUAGCAACAAAAAGUCAGGAGAGUGACUACCAGCCAAUAAUGAAGAAUUCGAGAAAGCUUGUCAAAGAAUACAACAAAGCUCUCAUAGAAGCUUUACAGAACACCAAGAACUGAACCCAGGCAUUUCCUUCCUGCCCAAAUGGACCAACAAUGAAAGAUGUACAAAGGCCUUGUGGAAAGCUGGACUACUGAGCUGAUUUAUUCACCACUAGGGUGACAGAUAUUCUUAAAAUUAUUUUUCCAGGUUUUUAGAAGUUACAGGUUUUAAUACUAUCCCUCCUUUUGCACUGUUUAAAAUUUUUAGAAAUAAACAUCUGAAUUUUUAGAAACAAAAAGGAAAUACUGCCCAAUGAAUUACUGGGGCCCAUUGCUGAAUUGCAUCUCAAAUGUGAAAUUUUAGUCUGCUUUACACACUGAAUUUCUAAUUUCCUUGUAGUCCUACCCCUGCCAAACAGAACAGGACUGCUUGACAGACUGUCAUACUCAUCUUAAAUUAAGUGCAUUAUAAGAUAAAUGGUAAUAUAAACAUACCAUACCUAUAUAUAUAUAUAUAGCAAUUUAUACCAAGUAAGGAAAGCAUCUAAGGAUGACAAGCAUCUUUUAAAGUCAAAAUUGCUUCAUAAUGUAAAAUCUUACAAUAAAAGCAAAUGCCAGCAAAUUUUCAUUUCCUAAUGGAGAAUUAACUUCGUUAUUUUUUAAGAUGUAAUUUUAAUGAGCAAACUCUGAUAAAAAGUAGUGAAACAUAGCUAACACUGAUUUUGUGUGGAGCAUUUUACUGCUGUAGUAUUUAUCAGGAGUAUUUAAAGGAAAUAGCAGAGAAACUUAUUUGUAUUUUCUGCAAUGUUUUUUUCCCUCCAGUUUCAAGUGGCAGUGUCAUAUGAAACCUGUGACAAAAAUCCACAAUGAUGAGUUUCAACAUAGAACAAAAACAGGGCUUAUAUAAAAAAUAACAAUGUGCUUUAUGGUACAGAAAUUUCAGAAAAUGUUUAGAUUAAAAAAAAUUCCAUUUAUAUAUUUGUCUCACAUUCUACAUGUAAUGUAUUUAUAAAUGGCUUAUUGAUCAUUUCUUUCACCUGGUAUAUUGUAAGCUAGUCCUGAUUAAAUAGAAAAAGCACAGUUGACUUUAGAGAGAAAUGUCAGCUGAACAGUAAACUAGUCUUAUAGAAAGAAACUAUGAAAAAGCAGUGGGAUCUGGAUUUAUAGUUGUUCUGCUCUCUUAGAAAAGUUUUCCAGAAAAGAGGUAGACUGUGCACCUCACUUCAUGAAACUGGAGUAGAGAAAUUAUUGGCAAAUGUUCUGAUUUCAUUAAAAUAGUUCUACAUUUUUGUCACUAAAUUUCCUCAAAUCUGUGAUUGCCUUUUUGAGUAUAAAAAAUCUAUAAGCUAAAAAUGUUGAAGAUUUGUGCAGAAAGCACUGUGUUUGCUAAUUCAGCACACUGAAUGGUGUUGCUCUAUAUGUUUAGAAUAUUUAGAGAUAAUGGACUGGGAUUUCUGUAAGCUAAGGACUGUUAUCUAGGGGAAAUUCCCACUAAAGUCUCUUCCUUCCUGUCAGAGUUUCAGCUAUUCCAGAGAAAGCCCAUUAUUUGCAGAGAUAAAGUUGAAGUCUAAUAUUCUCACAAAUCAAAACCAUCAGUCAGAGAGAUCAACGCCUGAAUUCCACUUGUGCUAGAAAAACAUAUUGUAAUGAACAAUGGAAAAAAAGCUGCAGACUGAAAAACCAGACUGUUUUGACUUUGCUUUCUCUCAGGGCAGGGGAGAGUUUUAUUCCUUGGUAGUGACUCUGUAAGAUAGCAUGGUAAAGCUUACAGGUUUUUGCUGUGUUCCCAGGAGAUGCUGUCAUGAAACCCUUUUCUCCAGCAUGCUGUUCUGUUCCUUGUUCUGCCUAAGGAUCUUCAAUUAACCUGUUUCUGUGUAAGAAUCUCAUCACUCAUUCUUUCUCUUAACAAUUUACCCUUAUGGUCCUUCAUAGCAGUCAUAGUACCCAUGGCUGAAAAGAGCUGUAUAGAUUUGGAUUGGUAAGCUGUGCAACAAGUGUUUCAUCUCCCUCUGGAAGAUUAUUAACUCAUUCCUAGUAGUGAGCUAAGUAAAUUGUACCCUUAUGUAGUUCCUCAAGUGUCAGUGAAAAUCACCUUUUCUUUAACUCUUUAUAUAUAUAUAUAUUUUAAUAUGGUUUAAGUACCAGACAAUGUUUUUUCACUGAAGCUCCUGUGUGUACAUCAGGACAUUAAUUCAGUAACACAGGUCUCUCUCUACCCAGGCAAUCUUUUAUCCAUUUUAUGCUAUGACUUCAGACUGAGAGCACAUGUAUUAACUUUCAGCAUCUGCAGAGUUGAGAUAUUUAAAAUCUCUUCUGCUCACCUCUCUCAGCAGGGCUAAGUAUUACCUCCCUCAGCCUGCCUGGCAGUGCUCUUCCUAACAUGCCUAACAUGCCCCAGAAUACUGCUGGCCUGUUUUGCUGUGCAUUGUUGGCUCUUGGUCAGCUUCGUGUACUCCAGGAAGGGCCCCAAUGUGCUUCUCAGUAAAGCAAGUUUCCAGCCACUCAGCCCUCAGUGUGCAUGAGUGCCUGGAUUGUUCCUCCACAGUGGCAGGACUGUGCAUGUAUCUGUGUGGAAUUCCAGUGUGUGGAACUGCAUUACAUUCUUGGCUGCCCACUUCACCUGUUUAGAUCCCUCUGAACAGCACUACAUCCUUAUGAAGUAUCAGCCACUCCUCCCAGCUUUGUGUCAUCUGCACCAUGGCAUCAAUGAAAAGGUUAAACUAUAUUGCCCUCAUGCUGUGGUAUUCCACUAUUGGCUGGCCUCCAGCUGGACUUCAGGCCACUGACCAGACAGUGAGCCCCAAGCCUCCUUAUCUAACCAUACUUUGUCAGCUUAUCUAUGAGGAUUUAAUGGAAAACUCUGGCAAACACCUUGCUUAUGUUGAGAUAAGCAUCCAAUGUUGCAUCCCGGACUUUGGGUUUAGAUCGGGGUUCUGAUGUGUGUUAGCAGAUUCUGUGUACCCCCGAGUAUCCCCUGGUUUUCCCCCCUGUGGUAGCCGGUUCUCGGGUUGCCUUACCAUGUGGGCCCGGUGCCCAUGCCCCCUCUCCCUUCCUGUGGGUCCUUUCCUGUUGUUACCCCUCCCCCGUGGCCAGUGUCACCCCGGCCCCAGUGCCAGCCCCGGCCAAUUGCCCAGUGGCUCCCCCCAGGCCACGUCACAUCCCCCGUGGCCCCGGGGCCACCCUGGGCCCUGGCGCCACCCCUGCCGUGCCCCUAUUGACUCCCCCGGGCCACGCCACGCCCUGGGAUCGCCCCGGAACCACCCCAGGCCCUGGUGCCAACCCCUACUGCAUCCCUAUUGUCUUCCUGAGACCACGUAACACCCCACGUUCCACCCCCCCAUAAAAGCCCCACAUGGCCGGGGCUGCGCGGCUAUAUUCCCCAACACAGAAGCUGGGAAAACACCAAUAAAAUGCUCUCAGGUCCUGCUGCAGAGAAUUCGGUCCUUCCUUCACCCCCUCCAUCGAGGUCUCUCAAGCUGCCAACCCACCUUUCCGGAGCGCGCGGCGCCCGAGAACAGUGAUGGGACCGGGAUCGGAGGAGCCACCGUACCCUGCCGGGCAUGGCAGCUGCUCCAGAACCAGGAGAGACAGCAGAACGCCGCAAUCCACACCUCUCUCCUUGCAUGUUAUUAGUUGCCUUAUUGUGGAUGUCUGUCUGAUCGGUUAAGCGUAAUUUCUGCUUCAUAAAUCUGAUCUCUCUGCUCAUGAUCAACUUCCCAUUCUUCGUGUGUCUGGAAAUUGUAAUCCAGCCUUAGUUCCUUCACAACUUUCUCAGGGAUUGAGAUGAGGCUGACCAGUCUGUCAUUGGACAGAUCACUCUUCUUGCUCUCCUGAAUGUAGGAGUGAUACAUUCUAGCUUUCAGUACUCAGAAGCCUCUCCCUUACCACCAUAAAGUAAAAAAGGUACUCAGGAAUGACCUUGCAAUGCCUUAAAUCAGCUAUCUCUCUACAGGUGAGGGUGCAUCUCAACAAGCUCCAUGUAAUUACGCAUAUGCAGUUUGUUAAAAGUUCCCUUACCUAGUCCCCCUUCAGUAAGAUGCCACUGAGGCAUUAGGAUACCAGGUUUGACAAUUACUGUCACUUCCACAUCUCACUUCAAUGGCACGCUGUAUGAAAAGAAGCAUUUCAGUUUCAAAGCCUACAAUCAAAGCAUCUGUUGCUGCCAUGUUAUUUGUGCUUGAGGACGAGCACAGGAAUGACUGUUGUUGUUCCCAGCUCACGAUGGCAUGACAGUACACCAGCCUCGUUCCCAUAUAUAGAGGGGAUAUCAUCAUAUCUCCAAGCAAACUGUAUUUUUGCUGCAAGUAACAAUCUUUUUGUUGGUCUUCCUGCUUCAUCUUGCCUUCAUUACUUUUCAUGGUGAUUUUAAAAAGCUUGUUUUUCUUUCAAAAUAAGUUUAUUUUUUAAUUUCUCUUAGUGAGCUUAGAAGACAACAAUGCAAUAUUCCUACGAGCAAUUCCAGACAGGCAGAACACUGAGUUCUUUCUGCUUAACAACUUUAAUGUUGUCUUAAUGGCUUAAUGGCUCUUAAUUGUGUUAAAGUUAAUGGCUCUUAGUGCUAGUAUGUGCUGUUUCACAAUUGUAGGGACAUGUUUCCAAAGUGAAGUGUUUGUAAAUUCUUUCGGUACACUUCUGUUUUCCUGCUGGAAGCAUAAAACAAAAAUACAAGGCAUAAUGCAGGCCUUAUGAAGACGUGCAAGCCAUUAGAAUGUCUUUGAGGAGAAAGAGAUUAAAUGCUUACUUUGUAACUGUUCUUAAAGUAUCUGCUUUGAGUGAAUUUGGAAAUGUUUCCCGUGGUGAUAAUGGGUGUGGUGGAUGUAGCAAUUGGAGUGAAAACUUGAGAUUCUGAAAGUGGUCCUAAAACUGGAGCAAAAUUCACACCUGCAUGGUGUAAAUAGCAGCUGAGCACCAAAUUACACAUGUCUAAUAUGUGCAGAGCAAGGCUCUGAAAUGCAGAUCAAUCAUUCAGAAGGGAACUGGAUUCCUCCCAAACAAAAUACUUGUCAUCUUUUUAUUUUUGAAUAAAGAGGAAGGAAGCCUUUAAGCAUUCACUGUUACAGAGAUUAUCUGAAUUCAAAUCCCAGCUUUGAUCAAUAAUUUGUUUUGAUUGACUGAAUCUUGGAGCAGAGGAAGAAAUGUUCUUGCCCUAACUUGUGCUCAAUGCUUAGAGGUCCUCCUUUGAGGAAGGAGGACUAACUGGAGAAUAUGCUAAAUGUGUAAAAUGGGAGGAAAUGUUCCACAUGAAAAAAAAAAAAAAAAAAAAAAAAAAAAAAGAAAAAAAAAAAAAAAAGAGAGAGAAAAA